ACAGCUUAUCUGCCCGUGUAUGGGGGCUUCCGACGGGUCUUCCCGAUCGAUAUCUGGCCAUGAUAUCGAUCGGGAAGGUUUGGUUUUUACCCGACCAACCUGUCAGAGCCCCUUGGCGUAAUGUAAUUCGAUCGUUCGACCAUACGACCGAACGUUCGGAAUACCCCCGAUAUAGCCAUGCCGUUUGAGUCUAUGGCCAGCUUAACACACAAGUUUUGGUGCACGCUACUUAAGGGAUGGCUGCUACUACAAUGGAAUCUGUGAAAAAUGGUAACAUGUGUGGAAAAUGGAAAAUGGGUGUCUGUGUUUGCUUUUUGCACAAUGUGGUUGCCUACAUACAUGAGACUUAGUAUUAUUGAUUGCAUACACUGUUCAAAUGAAUCCCUUAACCACAGCUGCACUAUAUCUUGGAUUUCAGUCUCUGGGCAGUGAAAACAAUUGCUGCUGGAAUUUCUGAAGAUACAUGUGUCUGAAUCAUUGACAGCCCCAUCAUUUUUCUUUCUAGUUUAGUAUAAAGGCCAUGCUUUGCUGUGACCAUAUCUGACACUCAUCUGCUAACACACAAUAAUGGGCUUUGCUCUUUGUAUUGCUGUUGGAAGGACUCAUGUUGCUCCUAGAGACGCACCCAAACACACACUUGAGAAGACAAGUACACAUUGCCCAGAUGGAUAGCCAUUAAGGUCUGGGCAAUCCAUUUUUUCUCCCCCCCCCAUUUCUGCUAAUGUGUUAUGUCCAUCAUCCAGAAAACGGGGAAUGUUCUAGGCUUGUUUAAUGUGCCAUGAGUUUAGCAAAUAGCUUUGUCACCCGAGACUAAUAGAAUGCUACUGUCAUUAGGCUCAAAGCACAAUUACUGGUAUCAACGUGAGCUGGAUUUUCAGCCGGGCAGGGGAAAGGAAGGCUAAAUAUAACCUACAGUCUGAACUUGUUUAGGAAAUGAAGAGAGAGGCAUAAAACUGAUCAUACACAGGCUAAUGACCUGUGACCAAUGUGGCCCCUUUGGAUUGAGCUGUCAGCUUAUUGGUUCAUGUAGGGGCCCUCCAGAUGAUUUACAUGAACAUUAUCUGGCUGAAUAAUCAGCACUCUCAAAGCUUUUACAUGUGGAACAAAGAAGAAGUUCUGCUUUCGUUUAAGAUAGAAAUUAACCAUAUCCAUAAUUUUUGGAUUCAACUGAAUUCUAAAAAAAAGAACUGAACUAAUCCAUAAUUUGAACCUUAAUUAAUAUUAAUUCAAAUUUGAGAACAAUUAAAACGUCAUCAAUCAUGAGCACACUUGUCAUUUUCAGUUGUCCUGCGUUCUAAAAUCCCUCGACUUUCAGGGUUCAGACCGACUGGCAAAAUACAUAAGGGCUCCUACUAGUGAUGUGCAGGCUGAUCCAAUAACCAUGGGAUCCCACAGGAUCUGCAUCAAGGUGUUUCAACUAAUGUCUUAAGGGGUCAGCAAUGGAUGACCAACGCACCCGACUCCCUGCACGGACCCUCCUAGGCUGUGCCAGCACUGAUCAACUGUGCAUUGUUCGAACUUACCAGUAUGAGGUAAUUGUGGUUCCAGUAUUUCUUGUUGGCGUCUCCAUUAUCCUCCUUGUCAUCAUUUUAUGGCUCCGGUAUAGACGACGGAAACCAGAUGAAGAUGACCAGAGACAAGACGUGCAGAGAAAGCCAAGCACGGGUUACAUUAACCAUGCAAUCUCUCUGGAAGAACUGUCCAUGGAUCAAGUGCUAAGAACCAGAGAUCCCUCAUUGCAAGCUUUCGAGAUACCCAGGAGCAGAAUACGGCAACCACUGCAGCUGUCCGGAGAAGGGCGGUUUGGGCCCAUCUACAGGACACAGCUGAAUGACCCCAUGGGUGGGAAAGAGAGAGAUGUUGUCAUUAAACGUCUUCGAAGUUCAGGUGGAGCACAAGAGGUCCGUGAUUUUCUGCAGAGGGUGUCAUUUCAAGGAUGGUUAGGUCAGCACCCAAACAUUGUGGAGCUGCUGGGGUGCUGCCCUAACGAGAAGCCUUUCUGCAUGUUACUAGAGAGCAUUGAACCGGGGUCUCUAUUGCAGUUUCUCUGGGACUGCCGUCGGGACGUCAUGUCUAUGGACGGAAUUCUCUAUGAUCUCACCGAGUGUCAAGUUUACAGUAUAGCUCUUCAGGUCCUUUCAGCACUAGAAUUCCUGCAGCAACGCAAACUGUUCCAUGGGGAUAUAGCAGCACGGAACAUUCUCAUUCAUCGUAACUUAACCGCUAAACUUAUUGGACUGGGUGGAGCUUGUGAGAUGAGACAGACUGAAAUCUUCCCCUCUAGACGUCCUGCUCCCCUGAAGUGGAUGGCUCCUGAGCGGCUCCUUCGCUUGCCCGUCUCUGCCAAAUCCGAUGUGUGGUCAUUUGGAAUUCUUCUUUAUGAAAUGAUAACAUUGGGGGCCCCUCCUUAUCCUGAAAUUCCCCCAAAUGACAUCCUACAGCACUUACAGAGAGGAAACAUUAUGAAGAGGCCUUCCACCUGCAAACCAGCUAUGUACAAUAUCAUGAAGACAUGUUGGCUUUGGAAGGCACCUGAAAGGCCAUCACUGCCAGAAUUGCGCAAGCGCCUAGAAGCUGGAAAGAAGGGUUCGAAUGACAAGACCGUCCUGCAAGUGCCAGAGCUGGUGGUGCCUGAGCUCUACGCUGGUGUCGCUGGGACAGAAUUCAUGAGAAUUGAGAAUGAUUACACUGUGCUUUAACAGAAGCACAUCCAAGUCCACUGAGUCUGAUUGUCCUACAGGGGCAGUAGAUAAAGAGGAACUGUUAGACCUAAAAAUACACAGUGGAAGACUCUUGUACAGAAUGAAUUUUAUGCAAAGGAUGUAAAUGGAUUCAGUUACAGUGAUUCUGUUGGAUUACCUUUGUAAACAUAUUGGGGUAAUGUAUAUAUAUACAUUAUAUAACAACAAAAAGCCUUUAAAGACAUCCGUUUAAUGUGCUGAACUUAAGGUGGUAAAGGGGCAAUGGAUUUCCAUACAAACCCAUGGGAGAAUUGCAGAGAGGGUCCUUCCGACUGUGAAUGAGGAUAUUUUAAUAUGUGUGUUGUGCCGAGUGGCCCUUGUAUCAUGGAGUCUGAGCCAUAUGUUUAUGGACCUGUUGCCUUCUGUUAAUGUUCUUUGUGUCUUUACAUUUGUGAGAGUUCAGUUUACAGUUAAAUAAUUUUUUGACUACAGUAUCUUUUUAAAAAAAAUUCCCUUCUGCCCUGUAUGAUUGCAGGAGAAAAGGGUCCCAGUCUUCACACAUUAUCUAAGGCCCCAAAUGUCUUAUUAAAUGAUAAUAUGAAAGGGGUUGUGUGUAUACCCCAGGCUCAAGUGCAAGAUCACACUCCUUUUUGUUCAUUUGUCGAGGUAAUGCUACACUCAGAUGAAAUAUUUGGGGUGCGGUAGACACCACAACACAAAAUGCUAAUUAUGGGGCAAGUAGGGGCUGAGCGUGGGGAUGCUUAGUUGGCAAAUGCAGGAAACAAUGAGGUUGCUGUGGGGAUACAGGUCUUUGUGCCCAGGGUGUAAAGUGCAGGGCAGGGUGCAAAAGUGAAAAAAAAUGGCCAUUUGCCUUCAUUGUUUGCACUUUACAUCCUGCCUUGCAAUUUGUAAACAUUGUCAUAAAUACCUGGAGUGAAUCAUUAUCACCCUAAUGUCAUGGAGCAGAUUGACAUCUCUGCUAGAUCAAUGUAGGUAGGACAUCUAGAGGUGCCCCAUUUAAAACCAGACAUGCCAUGCUGUAGACACAGACUCAUUGAAGGGAGUCCUUCUUGACCGGCACUGUUAGCACUUAAUUCUUUGAAAGCCAUCUUGGUAUUUCAAUUUCCAGUGCUCUUAAGGUGUAGGAGGAUUAAAUCAGUAUGACUAAGCAUCAGAAGAGCUGUAAUUGCUCCACAAAUCUUGCAUAAAAAUGUGUGUCCAUUCUCAAACUCCAAAUCUAUACAAUGUUAUAAGACACAUUUGCUGCUCCUUUCUAGCACCCAAUACGAAGUAUGUUUUUAGUGUUGUUAGCCUGCACCCCCUGAGCAAUAAUAGUUUGAAGACCUCAGGUUGGUGUUAAUUUCAGCAUCAUGCCGAAUCGAUACGGGUUGACAAUGCCAUGUGCACCUUAUAAAUAUUAUAUAUUUAAUAAAUAUUUUAUGUUUUCA